AUGAGCAAGGAACCGAACUUCCCACCUUCUGAGAAACUGGAAAAGGUGGAAGCGCCUGCAGACCUGCGGUCCAUUGCAGGCUUUGAGUGGUGGAGACGGACAUUCGAAUACAAGACCGGUUUGGGUCUGACGCCCGAGGCCAAAGUUCAGUAUGAAAAAGAUUACCAAUACGUGCUGCAAAGAGAGCAGUGCAAACAGUGCUAUGACAACAGGGACUGGCUGCUCAAGUACUCGCCGACGGUUGUUUUCAUGACGCAGCAGAUUGCGAAGCUGAAUCGGCGGCGGACAGGCGAUGACUCGCUGCACUUCGACACAUCCAAAAUCAUCUGCGAUGUCUGCCCCGAGUGGAAGUCUGGCGGUUUCAACCCCAGCCUGGGUAUCUUGCUCUGCCAGAACCGCAUUCGCGACAAGUGGCAGAUGGAGGACACGCUUUCACAUGAGCUGGUGCACCAGUUUGACGAGCUCAAGUUUGAGGUGGACUGGAUGAACCUCAAGCACCAUGCAUGUUCUGAAGUGCGCGCUUCCAACCUCAGUGGUGAGUGCCGGCUCUCCCAGGAGUUCUUCCGGAGGGGGUUCAAUGGCAGCUUCGGGCGCGGCCACCAGGAAUGUGUCAGGAGGCGCGCCGUUCUGAGCGUAAUGGGCAAUCCCAAGUGCAAGGACAAGGCCGAGGCGGAACAGAUAGUAGACGAGGUGUGGCAAUCCUGCUUCAACGAUACCAGGCCGUUUGAAGAAAUCUAUAGGUAG